AUGACCACGAGACCGAUAGCGAACAAGUACCGUGAGGGAAAGUUGAAAAGCACUUUGAAGAGAGAGUUCAAGAAACCAGUAUCCACAGACACAGGGGAUGGUAGAGCUACCGUCCCCCAAGAAGAAGCGCCCGAAACCAACAGCUGCGAGGAAGCGGGAAUAGGGGGUGGCUCCCCUAUCCCAGUCCCGGAGCUACUCGACGUAUCAGCAGUAGCUGCCAUUGCAGGGGGUGAAAAUAACGUUAAUAAUAUCACCCCCACCGCCGAAAACAUAAGUCCGACUCAGACGCCUGACAUGUCAGAGAGGGUACUGAAUGUCAGUGAAGAUGAGUUGGUAUCGCCAGCAGCUUCUCCAGAAGAGAUACUUUGGAGACAGGAUGUUGCUCAGACUGCCCGUAGCUGCAAGUUGACUCGAGCGGCACAGCAACAUCUGGAGCUCCGGCUUAUUUUAAAAUGUUCUCAACUCACCCUAUUGGUGACCACCCCUAUUGGUGGAGAGUGGGAUUGGUGUUGUGCAGUAGGUGCGAGUCGUAAGACGCCUUCCAAGAAAAGGCUAGUCACGGCGGCGGGGUGUGAUCUGGAUUGA